UUUCAGCAGCAUGAAUCGCUGUAGGUUCAGCACUACCUGAUCUGAUAACAUGUCUGUCUUCAAGUCUCUUCUGACACAGAUCUGGUGUGGUGAGCUUUCAGUUGUCAACCCUGUGUGGAGAGUGCUGAUCUCCAUUGUCUUCUUCCCACUUAUCUUCACUGGCUUUUUGGUUUUCAGACGUGAUGAAGUCAUCCACAGAGAAAUUGAGAAGGAUGAGGAGAUCAAGACAGUGGAGAAAGUGACAGGAAGUACACUUCGAACAAAUUCUCACGGCCCCCCGCAGCACCUGAAGCCUCUGAGCAAGUGGUCCAGACUGGUCUGCCUGUACAGCUCUCCGCAGGUCAAGUUUUACUUGAACAUUGUGUCUUACUUCGCCUUCCUCUUCCUGUUUGCUGUGGUGCUGAUGAUCGACUUCCAGGCCACGCCCUCUGCCGGGGAGUUGCUGCUUUACAUCUGGCUGCUCUCUCUGGUGUGUGAGGAGGUCAGACAGCUGUUUCAUGAUCCUGAUGGCUUUGGGUUUUGUAAGAAAGCCAGGAUGUACAUUAAUGACCUGUGGAAUAUUUUAGAUGUUCUUUCCAUCCUCCUCUUUAUUAUUGGCCUUGCAUUUAGGCUGACGACUGAGCUGUUCUAUGCAGGUAAAAUCAUCCUCUGCAUCGACUUUGUGGUCUUCUGCCUCCGUCUCAUGGCCAUCUUCACGAUCAGCAGAACCCUGGGACCCAAAAUCAUCAUAGUGAAGAGGAUGAUGAUGGAUAUGUUCUUCUUCAUGUUCCUGCUGAGUAUCUGGGUUGUGGCGUACGGCGUGGCCAAACAAGGCAUCCUCAUCAACAAUGAAAAUCGGCUGAACUGGAUUCUCCGGGGGGCAGUUUAUGAGCCGUACCUCAUCAUAUUUGGAAAUUUCCCCACAGAUAUUGAUAAUACUUCGUUUGACAUAAACUCCUGCAGCAUGAAUGGCGACGAUCCCCUGAAGCCCAAGUGUCCUGUGCUGAAUGAAAACCAAACCCCAGCCUUCCCCGUGUGGCUCACCAUCAUUAUGAUUUGUGUUUACCUGCUCUUUGCCAACAUACUGCUGCUCAACCUGCUCAUAGCUAUCUUCAACUUUACCUUCCAGGAAGUUCAGGACAACACAGACAGAAUAUGGAAGUUUCAAAGAUACGAGCUAAUUAAGGAGUACCACAGCCGCCCUGCUGCCCCUCCUCCUUUAAUAAUCUUCAGCCAUCUUUACCUCUUCAUCAGGAACAUAGUUCUGUGCAGACCUCCCAUCAUAUGCAAAGAGUUUAAGAACAAGCUUCUUCGGGCAGAGGAAGAGGAGCUGUUGUCCUGGGAGGCCCUGAUGAAGGACAAAUACCUGCUGUCCACACAGCAGGUGCAGAGCCAGAGCAUGGAGCAACGCAUCCUGGACACAGCCCAAAAGGUUGCUGCUAUAGCUGAUCGGCUGGAGAGGGAGGAGGAGAGAAGCUCUGUUGACACGGUGAAAGGACUGGCUCGACUAGAGGAGCAGGUCAUCCAGUCAGCCAAAGCCCUUCAGUGGAUUAUAGACAGUCUGAAAUCUCAGGGUUUCGCAGCAAAAGAAGCACAAUUGCCGACUCUAAUUACAACAGACGAGUCCCUCGACACUUUGAGAAAUACUUUAGAGAAAGAGGAUGGGUUCCAUGUGAACGCCCGUCAAUUUCACUACCCAAACAGCAAGCUCACACGCUUUCCUGUGCCUGAGGAGAAGGUGCCAUGGGAGGUCCGCUUCAGCUCAUACAUGCCGACAUAUUACGUCUCUGAAGAAGGUGGAGACCAUAUGGAUGGAUCAGAAUCAGAAACCUUACAUAAUCACAGAAACCCAGGAGGGAGGACGGGCAUCACGGGACGUGGUGCACUGAGCCACUUUGGUCCAAAUCUGAAUGUUGACCUUGUGCUUACACGCUGGCGAGACAGCGCGAGAUCUGUUUUGGAGUACCUGGCGGUUUUGGACGAGAGCCAAGGAAAUUUGGCUUUACCUGGCGGACCUGCCCAUUCUGCUGAUUAUUUGCCGUUGACUCUUCAGAGAAUCCUGGGGAAGAAACUGUUUGAAAAAAUAAAUGCAAAAGUACCAGAGGGAACAAAGGUGUUUGAGGGUUAUGUAGAUGACUGCAGGAACACAGAUAAUGCCUGGGUGGAAACCACUGUCCUAAACAUUCACCUGGACAGAACGAGCAAGGAGAUGGUAGAAAUCAACAGUAUGGUGGUGAGCAGCCAUGGUGCUCUACAGUGGCAGGAGGUGAGCGGCAAAACCAGACUUGGCUCAAACCAAAGAGACACUCUGCGGCAGGUUGCUGAGCUGCACAACAGCAAGUUCUGAUGUCCACGCUGCUAUAGCUGUAAAUGUGCCUCGAUCCACAGAUUUUCUUCUGACUGUUUGUGUGGCCUUUUUUGUUAAGGGUCACGUAGAUUCAUUUUGCUGCAGUGAAAGCAAUUGUGAAAAAAGACACUAUAAAGCCAUAA